AUGGCUUCGUCUCCUUCAUCGCCAAAAGAAACUUUUACACAAAAUCAAGAACAACGGAGUGAUCAACCUCAACUCAUAUUGACUCCAAUAAUGAGUUUCAAUCAUAAUUCGCCAAGUCAAUUAUCAUCAUCCACUACUCGUAUAAUUGUUCCGAGACCAUUUUAUCGAUCACAAAUAACACCUGAUCCAUUUGAGUAUUCAAACAAUAAUCGACAAUUAUCAGAUUAUCAACAAUAUCUUCAAAAUCGACCGCAACGUCGAUUUUCAGCACAUCAAAUAAAUGAUUCUUCACUUUCAAAUUCAUAUUUAUCUGAACAAGAACGAUUUUCACCAACGAUUUUAAUGCAUCCACAUUAUCAUCAACAACAUCGACCAACAAUUAAUAAUAAUAAUCGUGCUGUCAUCAGUGUUAGUUCAAGAUCACCAUUAAUUACAAUAGCUUCAGGUGGUUCACCAAGUCGAUCUGAAAUUCGUGUAUCAUCAUCACCAACAACAAAUAAAUCAACAUUACGUGAAAUUCGUAUUUCUCGACCAGAUUCACCAUCUAUAUCAAUUAAUCGUACUGGACCAAAUCAACCUAUGACAUUUGCAAGUAAUGCAAACGGUGGAAUGAUAACUAAUGGAAGUGGUAGUGCUGUUCAUAUUUCAGUUGAACCACCAACAAAUACAACUCAACAUGAUAGACAAAGACAAACAUCACCCCCAUUUCAUCAGAUUGAAAUGCGUCGUGAUUCUGGUGAUAAUCGAUAUAAAUCAAAUAUUGUUGCUAAUCGUUUUAAAUCCUCAAUAGCUUAUACUAGUCCAAACAAUAAUACAUUUGAUCGAUCUUCAACUAGUGCUAAUCUACCACCAGCUUCAAGUUCAACAUCUUUACCAAUACGUAGUGGACAUUUAAUAAAAAAAGAACCAUCCGAAGUUGAUCAAUUAGCUAAAUUAUUAAUGAAAAGUAUGAAUGUAUCAAAUGAACCAAAUUUUUUUGGAAUGUGUGCUCGAUGUAAUGAUGAAAUAGUCGGAGAAGAAAAUGGACUUAUAGCUAUGGAUCGAAUGUAUCAUGUAUCAUGUUUUACAUGUACUAUGUGUGGAUGUCGUUUACGUGGUAUGCAUUUUUAUUCAAUGGAAAAUAAACCUUAUUGUGAAUCAUGUUAUGUUAAUUCAUUAGAAAAAUGUGUCGUUUGUGCUUUACCGAUUACUGAUCGAGUAUGUUAUUCAAUUAUUUAG